AUGGCGGCACGAAAGCUUCAGCAGGAAGUCGACAAGUGCUUCAAGAAGAUCGAGGAAGGAGUCGCAGAGUUCGAAUCAAUCUACGAGAAGAUAGAACAGUCGACAAAUGCCGCGCAGAAGGAGAAGCUCGAGGACAACCUUAAGAGAGAGAUCAAGAAGCUGCAAAGGCUUCGCGAUCAAAUCAAGACAUGGGCCGCCAGCAAUGAUAUUAAGGACAAGGGGCCACUCAUGGAGAAGCGGAAGCUGAUCGAAACCCAAAUGGAGAAGUUCAAGGCCGUCGAGAAAGCUAUGAAGACGAAGGCAUAUUCGAAAGAGGGCCUAUCAGCAGCUGCAAAAUUAGAUCCGAAGGAACGUGCGAAGAUGGAGGCAUGCGAAUUUCUCAGCAAUAUGGUUGAUGAUCUCGAGCGUCAAAUAGAAACCCUCGAGGCAGAGGGCGAAUCAAUACAGGCAACCAUGAAGAAGGGCAAAAACCAGACUUCCAAGGCGGAUCGAAUGGCGGAGAUCGAGCGAAUAACUGAGCGGCAUAAAUGGCACCAAGGGAAACUGGAGCUCAUCAAACGAUCGCUGGAGAAUGGCGCUGUGGAAACCGAACAAGUCAACGAGCUGGAGGAGACAAUUCGGUAUUACGUUACGGAUGGCAUGAACGAAGAUUUCAUGGAGGACGACGAAAUGUACGAUGACCUUAACCUCCAGGAAGAGGAGGACACGUACGGUAUGAACAACGACAAUGACCGGGUAUCAUCACAAGAUACUCAGUCGAUACAAGAAGAAGUACCCGAAACAGAUACAAGAUCGAGUAGCAUACCGGGGAAGUCGAAGUCUACAGCACCCGCCGACACUCCUGUUGCUGCAGCACGAAGGCCGUCGACACAGAUGAAAAGCCCCCUGCCGGCUCUGGCGACACUACAUACACCGAUACCCAAUAUCUCUAAUGGUACCGCAAAUAUGAAGCCUGCGGCAUUGCCGACUCGAGCCCCAGGUGAAACCCUCAAAUAUGCUUCGGCUGCUGCUGCGGCCGCGGCGAGUGAAAAGAACAAUAUGGGCAUUGCUCCUUUACCCCCGCCUCCCGAAACGCUUCCGGCACCAAAUACGUCUGCUAGCCAUCCUCCAUUACCGUCACAUGCAGGGAGAAGACCAAGUCUGGCUGCUGCAUCACCUACAGUCGUCCAUGCUCAACCAGCCACCGCUAGCCAAAGAUCCAGUAUCCCACCUGCCGCCAAUGUUGCCGAUACUCCGUCAAGCUCUCAGACGAAGUCACCAGCGUUGAGCCAGUCAAGUGCGUCUGAAGUCGCUCCAUCGCAAUCGAAUGGUAUUACGAAUGGCGUCAAGAAUGCUGUUGUUGAAGACCCAGACGAAUCGGUUUAUCAUCUCCCAUCAGGGUUACAAGAUUUACUCCAGUCCUUCGAAGCUACCCAACGUCGUGUAACAAGUGCUCCGUCGCAAUCUUCUCAAAGAAUGCUUAUAGCAUCACAGGCCAGUGUACCAGAUAUGCUGGACGUGGGGGCCCCUCGAAAUUAUAAGCCGAAUAUUAAGUUCAACACGCCUUCCUAUUACCCCCAGGAUCUGGAUCCGGUUUUUGACGAUCCUCGAUUAUACUCACGUAUAGAUCCGGAUACCCUGUUCUAUGUCUUCUACUACAAGCAAGGGACAUACCAACAGUAUCUCGCAGCCAAGGCACUUAAGGACCAAAGCUGGCGUUUCCAUAAGCAGUACCAGACUUGGUUCCAACGUCAUGAGGAGCCAAAGACAAUUACCGAGGAGUUCGAACAAGGAACUUAUCGGUUCUUUGACUAUGAGAGCACAUGGUGGGACCCCCCUAUCCUUUCAAAACGCUUCCAUUGUUAUUUCGACUGCCCCUUAUUUCGUGUGAUUUGUUACAGGAUGAAUCGGAGGAAGGCAGACUUCAAGUUCGUGUAUAAGUUCCUCGAGGACGAGGUAUGA